UGCUCUCAUUUUCAACCUUACAUUUUGGCCUUUUUCGCUGCUUGCGUUUUACAGUGGAAAUUAAAAUCUGUGAAUUACAGAAUUUGAAUGCAAAUUGGAUUUAUGAACCGAUAUAAUUUAUUAUUUAUAAAGUAAAGAAUUUAGUGGAAAUCUAUCCUUUCAUUGGAAAUUUAUACCCAGUACAAUUUGUGGGAAGUUGAUCACGUGGACUAUAUUCCGUUAAAUCUACCAUCGCAUAUUGAACAGUAAGUGUAUGAACUAAAUUUUCAAAUAUUGUCGCCUUUACUCUUCGAUAAUGAAUAUCUCGUCAUAAAUUUCGAUUUUUCUAUUAUUUGUUUUGCUUGAAGUUGACUCUAAUAAGUGAAAAUGCCGCAAUACUUUCAAAGGCCGGAAAAUGCUCUUAAAAGAGCGAAUGAGUUCAGUGAUGUUGGAAAACAGCAAGCAGCUCUGGAUGCUCUUUAUGAUGUUAUUAAAAGUCGGAAACAUAGAACAUGGCAAAAAAUACAUGAGCCAAUUAUGAACAAAUAUUUGGAGUUAUGUGUUGAAUUAAAGAAAAGCCAUGUCGCUAAAGAAGGUCUUUUCCAAUACCGAAAUAUUUGUCAACAAGUUAAUAUUAAAUCUCUGGAAGAUGUUGUUCGAAGAUAUCUUGCGCUUGCUGAAGAAAAAACGGAAGCAGCAAGGGAAGAAUCCCAGCAAGCUGUUGUAGAUAUUGAUGAUUUGGAUCAAGUUCAAACACCAGAAAAUUUAUUACUUAGUGCUGUUAGUAGUGAAGAUACUCAAGACAGAACAGAUCGAGUUGUUCUAACUCCAUGGGUCAAAUUCUUAUGGGAAUCCUAUCGACAAUGUCUUGAGUUGCUACGUAACAAUUCUCGAGUUGAGAGAUUAUACCAUGAUAUAGCUGCACAAGCUUUUAGAUUUUGUUUGAAAUAUAAUCGUAAAACUGAAUUUCGCAAGCUUUGUGAUAAUUUAAGAGCUCAUCUUGGGCAUAUUAAUAAACAUCAAAAUCAGCAAACAGCUGUCAACUUAAAUAAUCCUGAAAGUCAAGCAAUGCAUCUAGAAACUCGCCUUGUUCAGUUGGAUAGUGCUAUACAAAUGGAAUUAUGGCAAGAAGCUUAUAAAGCUAUUGAAGAUAUACAUGGUUUGAUGAAUCUGUCAAAAAAAGCUCCAAAUCCUCGAUUAAUGGCAAAUUAUUAUCAGAAAUUGGCUCUUGUUUUUUGGAAGAGUAAUAAUUAUUUAUUCCACGCAGCAGCUUUGUUUCGUCUUUUUCAUUUGUCUCGGGAACAAAAGAAAAAUAUUACUGCAGAUGAAAUUUUGAAAAUGGCUUCCCGUGUAGUUCUAGCAACUCUAGCCAUUCCAAUGCCUCCAAAUCGUACUGAAAUUGAUCGUUUAGUUGAAACUGAUGAAAAUGUUAUUGAUAAAAAUCAUCGUUUAUUGUCUACAUUACUGGGAUUGCCAAAUCCCCCAAGUAGAGCACUACUCAUUAAAGAUCUUGUUCGAUUUGGAAUAAUACAGUAUGCUCCAGUGCAGUUGCAAGAUUUAUACCGAUGGCUUGAAACUGAAUUUCAUCCUCUGAAGCUUUGUAAACGUGUGCAGCAAUCUUUUGAAUUUUUAAACAAAUGGGAUGAAUUUCCUGAACUCCGACAGUAUAUUGUACCUAUUCAAGACAUAACUAUUGUUAGAUUAGUAAAAGAAAUAUCGCAAGUCUAUCAAACCAUACAGUUUGCCCGUUUGUUGGAAUUAGCACCUUUUAUUGAACCUUUUACUUUAGAAUAUCUGAUUGUAGAAGUAGCUCGUAGGAAUGAUUUACAAGUACGUAUUGAUCACCGUAAGAAGUGUUUUCACUUUGGUGCUGAAUUAAAUGUUUCUCAACGUGAAGAAGUAAUAGAAGGUCCCCACCUUCAAAGUAUGCCCAGUGAACAAAUGAGACACCAACUUGUUACUGUCUAUAGUACUCUUUCUGAAGUGGCACGUUAUAUAGAACCAGAUAAAUUGAAGAAAGAGAGAAAAGAUAUAGCCAAGGAAAUAAUUAAAGCUUAUACAUUGACUUCAUCAAAGGAACAUAUGCGCUUGUUAAAUAGGCAGCAAAUUAUUGAAGAACGCAAAGAAAUGUUGGAGAAUUUAAAUUAUCAAAAAGAAGCUGAAGAAAAGAAACUGUUGGAAGACAAACAGCAAAAACUUCGUGAAGCUGAGAAAGAAAGGAUGCAACGAGAGACAGAAGAAAGAACAAAACAACGGCUCUUGCGUGAACAAAAUGAAAUGAAGAGGAAGGUGGUUAUGGAGAAAAUAGAACAGUUGAAAAAAACUGAAAUUGGUUGUAGAAUAUUUGAAGGUAUGGAUGAAGAGGAAUUAGAAAAAUUAGAUCCUGAUGAUCUCCUUAAUAAGCAUGUUGAACAACUUGAACGAGAAAGAAAAGAUUUACAGUCUAAAUUGCGCAAACAAGAAAGGAAAGUAGAUCAUCUUGAAAGAGCAAAACGAAUUGAAGAAAUACCUUUAUUGCAGGCUGAAUAUGAAGAAAAUAAAGUCAAAGAUUUAGAAUUCUGGGAACAGCAUGAAAAAGAAAGAAUAAAACUUAUCAAUGAAGAGAGGACACUUGCUGUUCAAGAACGAGAUCGCUUGCUGAGACUGAAGGACGACAAAGAUGCUUUCUUGGAACGUCUCAAGAAAGCUAGAGCAUCUGAAUAUCAAGAAAAACUAGAAGAAUUCAAUAAAACUUUGGCAGAGGAAAGGAAGCAAAGACUGGAAGAAAGAAGACAAAAAAGAAAAGAAGAGAGAAGAACUGCUUGGCAUAAAGAACAAGAAGAGAAGAGACAAAGAAUGAUUGAUGAGCAAUUAAAAAGAGAGCGUGAAGAAGCUCUAGCAAAAUUAGAAGAAAUUGAAGCUAAAAAGAGAGCAAAAGAAAGAGAAAUAGAAGAGAGAUUGAAACGUGAAGAAGCUGCUGCUUUAGAGCGGAAACGUGAAGAAGAGAAGGCACUCAAUCGAACUAAAGAAACUGAAAGACCAAAAUCAAAUUGGAGAGAAAGGGAAUUAGAAAAAAAACAGAGUUGGUUGCCAAGGGAAGAUAAGGAGAGAGAGCCGUCUAGGACAGAUACAGAGAUGGAUUGGAGGAGAAAAGAUGAUAGUGUACCCCGUAGAUUGGAUGAUGGUGCACCCCGGAGAUUGGAUGAUGCUGCACCCCGGAGAUUGGAUGAUCGUGAAAAGACUGAUGAUUGGAGAAAGAAGACUGAUCGGCCUAAAGAAGGAUCAUCUUGGCGAAGAGAUGCACCAGCUGCUGCUCCUCGAGGAGGUGGUGGCUUUGAAAGAGAUCGCGAUUGGCGGUCGUCAGAAGACCGUGAUAAAUCUGAUUGGAGAUCUGGUUCUGGACCUGAUAAAUUCAUGAGCAGAAGUAAAGACGAGCGAGAUUCUAGACGACCUGGCGAUUCUGAACGCAACCCAAGAGAUAGAAUGGAUGAUCGCGAUCGCUAUAGCAAACCAUCUGAUCGUGGCUUUGACCGAGAAAGGUUUGCAAAAGAUGGCGAUGGUGGAAGCCGAUUGGAUCGUGACAGAUAUCCUCCAAGUCGUGGUGAACGAGAUUCUGGCUCCAGAAUGGACAGAGGGGGCCGAGCUGGUGAUGGAAGGGCAGAGGAUAGAGGCAGUUGGAGAAGUGGAGGUUUUAAGAGAGAUGCUCCACCUCCUGACAGUGGUAUGUCUUGGCGAGAUCGCAAUCCUCCCAGAGGAGAACCUGAAGAUCGAGGAGACAAAAGAGGGCCACCACGAGAUUCUGGUCGUCGGGAUAGGAGUAAUGAAGAAGAUGAUGGAUUUACUAGAGUCCGACGUUAAAUAAUAAACUUUUAUCUGGCUGUAGAUUUUUUUUGUUUGAUAUUGUAAGCUAUUUCAAUAUUUUUUCUCAAAUUUGUAAGGUAUAUUUUUUAUGGUUUUAGUGGGAAUAUUUUUGUAAUAAGUAGUUAUACUGCUCCAAAUAUAUCUUAUUAGUUUCAGUCUUACUGUGUAAUAUGUUUAAUUUUAAUAUUAAACAUUUGACAUUUAAAAAAAAAAAUUUGGUAAAACUUCUAAACUUUCUAAAUAUGUCUUUCCUUUAUAGUAACAAUAAGAAUUUUCCAUAGUAAUCUUUUUUUCCCUUGCUUUGUUUACUUUAAUAUAUUUAUUGUACUGUGUCAGUUUAUUUGAUUGAAUAUUGUAUCUUUAAUAUUACUUUUGCUUCGUGUUAAAGGAUAAAUUUGGAUUUGUGAAAAAUUGUGAUUAAAUUGAUAAAUACUGUCUCUAUUAUUAUAAAAUGCUAUAGAUAAAAAAAGAAAAUUAAAAUUAGAUUGUUUAUUAUAUGUAGCAUUCAUCAUUAGUUCAGAAUUUUUUCUAGCUCAUUUUAAAUUUAACUAAGUUUUUGUUUGGUAGAAUACAGUUAGUUAACCAUAAUUUAUAAAAUUUUAAUCAUUAUAAACUGUUAAAAAUGUUUUUGUUUUGUUUGUGUUUAAAACUUUCAGAAUAGUUAAUUAAUUAAUGGAGCAUAAAGUGUGUAAAAGAAUGCAAAAUUAUAAAUUUCAUUUUCAUUUGUUAUUGAAUAAGUUACAAAUUUUUCUUUUUGAUCAUCAUUUCUGAGUAUUAAUAUUUCAGAAAUUUUGUGCAAUUUACAAAAGUAGUAAUGAAUGCAUGAUUUGAAAAUGAA